ACCAAACACGCAGGAUGGCAGACAAAGAAAUCUUUCCAGUACCCCCAGGCGAUACGCCAAUCACAGUCAAACUCAUUAACCCCGUUAAUGCGGGUCCAGCCAUCCUGAACCGGUUCAUGGAACCCCAGGUUCCCGGACUGGACACGUUCGAGUCGUUCCCUUCGUUAUGCUUCUUGCUUGAACAUCCCUCUGGAAGGAAGCUUGUGUGGGACCUAGGGAUCCGAAAGGAUUACUGGAAUUAUGCGCCAAAAAUCGCAGAGUAUAUUCCGACCACCAAGUAUCACAUCGAGGUAGAGAAGAACGUCGCGGAUAUUUUGGAGGAUCAUGAUGUCAAAGGGGAAGAUAUUGAAGCUGUGAUAUGGAGCCAUUGGCACUGGGACCACAUCGGCGAUCCAUCGACCUUUCCCGCCUCAACGGACCUGAUCGUUGGACCCGGCUUCAAGGAAGCUCUACUGCCAGGUGCACCUGCGAACCCUGACUCCCCGAUCCUUGAAAGUGACUAUACCAGCCGUAACCUCCGAGAAAUCAGCUUCAACGGAGCCAACGCCCUCAAGAUCGGCAAAUUCAACGCAUUCGACUACUUCGGCGACGGAUCUUUUCAUAUUCUCGAUAGUCCCGGCCACGCAGUCGGUCACCUAUGCGGUCUUGCUCGAACAACCACGAGCGCGGAUACAUUCAUCCUGCUGGGUGGGGAUGUGUGCCACUUUGCAGGGAUCUUCCGUCCGUCAACGCAUCUUCCUUUACCGGAUCGUAUCAUUCCCCAUCCGAUAUCAGGAGAUGGGGUCGGAUUCUGUCCGGGGGGUGCAUGGGAGGAAUUGCAGAAAUCUCGCGGUCGGGAGUCAACGCAGUCGCUGUAUGAUCCGACAUUCGGGCAUGAUAUUCCACUGGCGAAACGGACGAUUGAAAAGUUGCAAGAAGCAGACGCUAGUGCUAAUGUCUUUGUGAUUAUUGCGCAUGACGCUCAGGUCAAGGAUGGAGUGCCGCAUUUUCCCAAGAGUUUGAACAGAUGGAAGGACGAAGGAUGGGGGAGUGCUUUGAAAUGGGCGUUCUUAAAGGUGUUGGGGGGGUAUUGGAGAGAGAAGGGUGUGGCUGAUGGAUAA